AUGUUCAAUUUUCAGGUUGUUGAUUUGAAGCAAGCAGCACGCUCAGUAGCAAUUGCACCGGAUUUUACAAAGCGCGGCUCAGGACAUAUAUUUGUGACAGGUGAUCGGAACUUAUCACUACAUCAACGAACAUUCUUUGGUAGUUACAAAGAGAAAGUUUUGUACGAAGGCAUGGAGCGAGAUGGAGUGAUUUUGCAAAUCUCAUGGCAUAAUUGCUUCAUCGCUUUUACUAAUGAUACGGGCACCAGAAUAUACGACAGGUUAGUUCUAAACAAGUACUUCUUAGUCUGA